AUGGAGAUCUAUUCCAAGGCAUACAAUGUUAAAGUUUGGAGAGUCAUAAAAAAGGGGAACUAUCCCCUGCCAGCUGCUACUCCACCACUUGCUAAUCCUGAAGAUAUAAACUCAUAUACAAAAGAGCAAAUGGAAGUGGUAAAAGUUAACAAUAAAGCGAUAAACCUGCUUUAUAAUGCCAUAACUGGUGAAGGGUAUGAGAAAAUCUCUAGUUGUGACACAACCAAAGAAAUGUGGGACAAGCUUGAGGUUACAUACGAAGGAACCAACAAAGUAAAGGAAACACAUAUCAACAUGUUGGUUCAUGAUUACAAACUUUUUUCAAUGAAAGAAGGAGAGUCUAUUGAAGAGAUGUUUGCCAGAUUCAGCAAAAUAAUUAGCGAUCUAAAAGUAUUUGGCAAACCAUAUACAAGUGGUGAUCUAGUCAGAAAAAUUCUCAGAAGCCUGCCAACCACUUGGCAGACCAAAGUAGUCACACUUGAAUCUCAGGAUCUAAAUAAGUUAUCCUAUGAUGAACUACGAGGAGAACUCAUAGCCUUUGAAAAGACACAUCUCAAGAAGACUAGUCAAGAAGAAAAAAGGAAAACAGUCGCAUUCAACGCCUCAACUGAAAUAGCUGAAAAUGAAAUCGAUGAUGAUCCUGAAGCUCUACAAGAAGAGAUUUCUUUAGGCUUUAACAAGAACAAAUCUUUUGGAAGUUGGAGCGAUGAAAACAGUUCAGAACAUGAAGAGAUAGAAAAUCUUUGCUUCAUGAUGAUUCUGGAAAAUGAGAUGAACAAAUCCUCGGGAUGCUGGACGGAAGAGGAAACCUCAGAUGACAAAUGGAAAGAUGACAAUGAGAACUGUUUCAUGGCACGAGGUGAAACAAGUGAGGAACACCACAGAAUAAGCCACAAAGCAAAAUGGUACUUAGACAGCGCAUAUUCCAGUCACAUGACAGGUGAUAAAUACCUGUUCAAAGAAGUUACAAAAAUUGAUGGAGGAAACAUUAAGUUUGGGGAUGACUCAAAGGGAAAGAUAAUUGGUACUGGAACAAUUCCUUUCAAUAACAAUUGUGACAUUACUGAAGUUUAUCUCGUCGAUGGACUCAACUACAACCAAUUGAGCAUAAGUCAAUUAUGCGACUUAGGAUAUGAGCUAAAUUUUGAGAAAACAGGCUGUGCUAUUGAAGACGAGACAGAUAAAACAAUCCUCCCAUGA